CGAGACCAAAUAGAGUCGAGACCAAGACAAGACCGAGACCACAAAAAAUUGGUCUCGAGAACUACAGCACUACCACACGGGCAACCCAAUCUCCAUCUUUGUCCACCAUGUUGCACAAAAACCUACCAGGACACCUGUUAAAACAUAUAGCAACCCCAGCCGACCUGUUUGUACCAUGGCUAAAAAAUUUUUUUUAUCUCCCCAUUGUUGUGACCAAAACUUCACAUCAGACUCAACAGAAUGAGUUUCCUGGAGAAAAAAACAAUUUGCCUGUUGCGCCUUGCAAAACAGAAAAACAGCUUUGCGUUUAAUUGAGUUUUUAAGUGGUAUCUUAUCAUGUAAUAUCAGAUUUUUUCCAGACUUCUUAGUGUCUUUGGUUUGUUUGUAGUUUGUUUGCCUCUCGAAAAAAGAAUAUUGCUAUUGUAACCCAACUAAAAUAAAUACAGGGUAACUAACGCAAGCAAUUAUGCCAAUUAGGCUCAGUUAAAUUUUACCCAUAUUAUUUGCGCUUUUAUUAGGGAAUUUACGUUUUUUGCGGUCACGUUGUGACGGGAAAAACUGUGUGAGAGAGAGAGUUUCUUUUGGAUCGGGAAGUAUAGAUGUUGCAUGAAUGAUAAGAAAAGGAGUAUUUGAAUAAAGCAGAUUAAAGCAAAGUUUCUUUAAAUUAAACUAGAUAUCGAUUGAUAUAGUUUUCCUUUUAAUUUAUUUUGUCAGAAUACGCCACUUUGUGAAGCAGAUGGUUUAUGAUUGUUUGUGGAUUUGCUGAACUCCGGUUGUUUUUUUUUGCACAUUGGAAAUUGAUGGCGAGCUGGUCCUAAGAACUCUGAGCGUGCACCCUCUGCCUUGCUCUGGUGCUGGAACCUGGGCACAUCGUCUCAGCCCUGGAUUGGAACGGCAAGUCGGCCACCCACUCUUCGACGCCAGAAUCAGAUGAGCUGGAACUGUUGAUCCUCUGUCACAUAAAGUCUACCCGGGUAGAGGACAAUUUGUUUUCUUUCUUUCGGGGAUAAACUUUCCUUAUUUUCCAUAUUGGUCAUUUCAGUUGUCAUCAAACAUUUCAUGUUCUUGUUAUAUUAAACUGUUUAACUGCAUAUACCUUUGUUCUUGUCCCCCUCCAUCCGGAUCUAGAGUAGUGUGUUAGUUAUGUUAUUAUUUUAUUCACAUUAAUUUGAACACUGGCUCAAUUAUAAGGCUAACACCAUCUGAUGUGACCCCUACUCUGGCACAAGGGUUACACAAAUUGGCGAGCCAGCCAGGAGGGGGCAGUUUUGUUAAAAUUGCUGAACAUAUCUAUAUACACUGUUGUUCUGAUAUAUGUGUAUAUAUAUUGAGUGUACAAGGUGUUGGUUACAAUCUGUACCAUUUGAAAGUGAGUUGUAAUAUUUAUUUUAUGUAAAAUGGAUGUAGUAGUAACAGAAAGUGUCAAAGUGCCCAACGCAGUGCUAGUGAGUGGGUUGUGCGAGAGUGAUGAAAAGGGGGAAAUUUUUGAAUUUCUAGAGAAACAUGGCUAUAUUUCUAGGGUGAUUAGAGUGCCCAGCACUGACAAAGAACUUCAAAAUUCAGUAAUUGUAGAGUUUGAAUCAGCAUCUGCUGUCCAGAGCUUAGAAAGCCAACUGCCUUGUUAUAGACAAUGUCCUGACAACCCUGACAUUGUGCAUUAUCUCAGACUCCUUUCAAGUGUGUAUACUGAAUAUGCAGCAACUGCAGUUACCCAAUCUUACUUGCGUUCCUUGAAAGAUAUCUCCCGCCUGAGUGGGCAAGAUAUGGAGACAGUGCUUAGGGAUGAGUUAUCUCGUAUCCAGCGCUCUGUUGGAGAUGCUUCCCCUUCUCCCCUUGCCAAGCCAGAAACUAGUCGUAACCCUGCAAAAGGGGUUGAUCCUGCUGCUGCUUGCGAUCCACCUUUAGUCUCUUUGGAUGAUCCCAACCCUCUGCGCCGCAUACAAAUAGCUAAGUCUGCUCCUGAGAUUUCUCUUAGUCCCAGUGUUGAGAGUUCUCCUCACCCUCCAAAGGUUAUUUACCAACAGCUUCCAGAGCCAUUUACUAACCCUGAGGUUCAGAAGGUCAUUGUGGAGCAUGUAGUCAGAACUAAUGAGGCUGCUUCUUCAUAUCACAGUCUUAGGAUAAGGCCCUUUUCCGGUCGAAAUCCAACACCUAAUCAUGAGGUGGAUUAUGAGACUUGGAGGAAUCAAGUAGAAUUGAUGCUGUCUGAUCCAGCAGUUUCUCCAAGGCAAGUGAUUAGGAAAAUUCAUGAAAGCCUGGUACCACUGGCAGCCACUCUAGUCAAGCAUUUGGGACCUGACUCUGACAUGAUGUCUUAUCUUAAUUUGCUUGAUUCAGCUUACGGCACUGUUGAGGAUGGGGAUGAGCUUUUUGCAAAGUUCCUUGGUACCCAUCAGGAUCCUGGAAAAAAGCCGUCAUCUUACUUGAGUCGCCUUCAAAUUGCUCUUGGUGUUGUGUUGAGAAGGAAUGGAAUCCCAGCAUCAGACUUUGACAGGCAGCUGCUGAAACAAUUCUGUCGUGGCUGUUGGAACAAUAGCCUAAUUGCUAGCUUACAGUUGGAGCAGAAAAAGGACAAUCCACCCUCUUUUUCUGAUUUAUUGCUCCUGUUAAGAACUGAGGAGGAUAAGCAAGCAGCUACAUCAAUCAGAAUGAAGCAAUAUCUAGGCAUGUCCAAGACAAAAGCUCUGUCCGCCUCUCAUCAUGUCCAUGACUAUGGUUUAACUGAGUUAGGUGAACCAGGUUAUUCUUCUGGGUCUCCAUCAGUGGACGCCAAUGAGAUGAAAAAGGAAAUUGCACAGCUCAGGUCACAGCUGGCUUCCCUUGGCAAAUGUAAGGGAAGUACUGCACAGACCUUUAAGAAGUCCAAACCUAAUGAGACUAAAUAUAAUGCAGAAAGCAAAGAAAAACCUAAGACAAUUGCAGCAGAUAAGUCAUGCAGUAAGAGGCCUAAGCCUGGUUAUUGUUUUAGUUGUGGGGAGGAUGGUCACCUGGCCUCAUCAUGUAGCAAUGAACCAAACCCAGCAUUGGUGCAGGAAAAAAGGGAAGAGUUGAGGGAAAAGCAGAGGGCCUGGGAUAAACAGAACAGUUCCCAGGGUACGUCUCAUUUAAACAGGGAGUAGUUUCUGUUGUGGGACAAACAGAGACUGGACGAUUCCAU